UUUUUAUUCCUUCAAAACUUGAAUCAAUUACAGACAAUGCGUUGCUCUAAGAUGCGUCAGGUAGGGGCCAUUUAAACCAGCAACAUCUUGCUUUGGUGCUUUUACAUUGAAGUUAACAUCGAACACUUUCUGGAGAAGUAGUUUUCACUUCCGGGCCGGGAUCGAUUCCUCUGUUGAUGUCGUCUUUUUGCUCUCCCCUCAGCUCGCGAAAAAUAUUAGCGUGAAGUUUGUUGUUAUCUACCACGACAGCGUAGCGUUUGGCCGCUCGCUAGCCGAAAUGGUGCUUAAAGUGACUGUCAACAGUGCCUGGAGGGCAACGAGGACGCUGUGGCUGCUGGUGCUAGUGAGCCUGUCUGUGUGCAUCUGUGUUGGCCGAGCAUCAUCACCUCAGGAGUACAGUGCCAUGGAGAACAUCGUCACAGAGAAAAAGGCUGAGGAGAGCCACAGGCAGGACAGCGCAGACCUGCUCAUCUUCAUCCUGCUCCUCACCCUCACCAUCCUGACCAUCUGGCUGUUCAAACACCGGCGGUUCAGGUUUCUGCACGAAACUGGACUGGCGAUGAUUUAUGGCCUACUCGUUGGCGUGGUCUUGCGCUAUGGCAUCCAUGUUCCUCGGGAUAUUAGCAAUGUUACGCUCAGCUGCCCCGUUAAUGCCAGCCCUGCGACACUGCUGAUCAAUGUCAGUGGCAAAUUCUAUGAGUACACUCUGAAAGGAGAAAUAAGUGCCAGCGAGGUGGAUGACGUGCAAGAUAAUGAGAUGCUGCGAAAGGUGACCUUUGACCCUGAAGUGUUCUUCAACAUUCUCCUCCCACCUAUCAUCUUCCACGCUGGCUACAGCUUGAAAAGGAGACACUUUUUCCGUAACAUGGGAUCCAUUCUGGCUUUUGCUUUUGUGGGCACAGUUAUUUCCUGUUUUGUUAUUGGGUUGCUGAUGUACGGCUGCGUGAUGCUAAUGAAGCAGGUGGGACAGCUGGCUGGAGAUUUCUUCUUCACUGAUUGUCUGUUCUUUGGAGCCAUCGUCUCCGCCACAGAUCCUGUGACUGUCCUGGCUAUCUUCAACGAGCUGCAUGUGGACGCUGACCUGUACGCUUUGCUCUUUGGAGAGAGCGUCCUCAACGAUGCAGUGGCAGUGGUCCUGUCCUCGUCUAUAGUAGCAUACCAGCCACAAGGAGACAACAGUCACACCUUUGAGGUCAUGGCGAUGCUGAAGUCUUUUGGGAUUUUCCUCGGAGUUUUCAGCGGCUCCUUUGCUCUGGGGGUGGCCACGGGAGUCGUCACUGCUCUCGUGACCAAGUUCACCAAGCUGAGGGAUUUCCAGCUGUUGGAGACGGCUCUGUUCUUCCUCAUGUCGUGGAGCACAUUCCUGCUGGCUGAGGCCUGUGGCUUCACAGGUGUGGUUGCAGUGCUGUUCUGUGGAAUCACUCAGGCCCACUACACAUUCAACAACCUGUCUGCUGACUCCCAGGACAGGACCAAACAGCUCUUUGAACUGUUAAAUUUCCUGGCAGAGAACUUCAUUUUCUCCUAUAUGGGUCUGACCCUGUUCACCUUCCAGAACCACGUCUUUAAUCCCAUGUUCAUCGUUGGAGCUUUUGUGGCCGUGUUCCUGGGUAGAGCCGCCAACAUCUACCCUCUCUCAUUCCUUCUUAAUCUGGGGCGACGUUAUAAGAUCAGAUCCAACUUCCAGCACAUGAUGAUGUUUGCAGGACUGCGGGGAGCGAUGACCUUUGCCCUGUCCAUCAGGGACACAGCGACGUACGCCCGUCAGAUGAUGUUUUCCACCACUCUGCUUGUCGUUUUCUUCACUGUUUGGAUUUGUGGAGGGGGCACCACCCAGAUGCUGUCAUGCCAACGCAUCCGAGUGGGAGUGGAUUCUGACCAAGAUAACUCUAUGAGCAUUGCUGAAGGCUCAGAGAGAAGAAGCACCAAACAGGAAAGCGCCUGGCUUUUCAGAAUUUGGUACAACUUCGACCACAACUACCUGAAGCCCAUCCUGACUCACAGUGGCCCCCCUCUCACCACCACGCUGCCUCCCUGCUGCGGCCCCCUCGCCCGCUUCCUCACCAGCCCACAGGCAUAUGAGAAUGAGUGCCAGCUGAAGGACGACGACUCAGACCUCAUCCUGACAGACGGCGAUAUCAGCCUGACCUACGGCGACAUCACAGUCAGUACAGACGGCACGGGUGCCCACACAAGCGGCGGUCUGGCUUUCGCAGGCGCCACCACCUCCGAUGACUUGGACAGAGAGUUGGCGUACGGGGAUCAUGAACUGGUGAUGAGGGGCACGCGCUUGGUGCUGCCCAUGGAUGACUCCGAGCCGCCGUUUACAGACCCCCACCACCAUCGCUUGCAAAUGUGAAGGUGUUCUUUCAGCGCAGAACCAGACCGUCCCACUCGAACUGACCCGAGCCAUCGAGCAAACCACUAGUACCUGACACUCUGUCUUUCUGUGUCUUUUUUUCUUUGCACAUUUUCUCAUUCCGCGUGUUGUCCUUGCCCACACUUGCUUUGUCCCCUCGUGGCAAAUCACUGUCUCUACCUCAUCCUGGUUCUCCUCCUUUCUACACCUUCCUGGCAUCUGCCAUAAGUGUAAUAUAGUCUUAUUUAUUUGCAGGGUUUGUUUGGUUUUUUUUUUGGUACUGAGUUGAAAGUCAGUUUGCCUAAGUUCAGCUUAAAGUUGCGUGUCAGCCACCUUACUGUAGCAUUGCACAGAGGUCCAGCAGCAUGUGUUAGUGUGUAAAUGCAAGUACCAACCACUAGCUAAUCUGUCGAUGUACAGUAUAUCACAAGAGUUCUAUAACUUCGAUAUGCAUGCUGAGGACGCUUGUUGUUUUCUUCGUGUGGGAGGUUGAGGGCUUCUCUGUUUUGGGUCUGACUUUGAAUGUUGCUGCCUUCUCUCUGUGCGUCAGAGGCAUGCUGACCCAGCGGACAACUUUACUGUAAAAUUUGUUACAAUCAAGUGCCUGCGAAUUGUAGUUUUAAACUCGACAGCCCACACUGGAUCGGCUCUGGGAGGCAGAGCCGGUUCAAGGCGGGCUGUCACGCAGCUGUAGUUUUCCUUUGUAAAAAAAAAAAAAAAAAGAAAAAAAAAAAGAAAGAAAGAAACACCUAAAAAUAAAUAAAUACAUAAAUAAAAAAUCUAAACAUACACCUCUGUCCAUAAGGUAGCAAUAUACUCAGUGGGUGUUUGGGCUGUCAGUUUGUGCUAUUCGCCUGUAAAUAAUGUGUGUCAGUGUGAUGCCACCGAUGCAGUGUAACCUGGCAGUGAAAGUUGUGGAUCUCUUCCAAUGACCUUUGACUGUGACAUGGAGAGGGGCUUUACACCUUAUUUUAGAAGUUGAUGUCGCUCACAGCACAACGAAGGGCUGUUGUUCUGACAACGAGAUCCUAGUGCGUUUUAACAGAGAAAGCUUAGUGCCAUUUCUGUCCUGCAUUUUGACACUUUGUGAAAACUGAAUGCAGACGACCUUAAAGUGUUUUGUAUUCUUUUUGCAGCAGAGCUUAAGGACUUUAAGCUGAGUCAUGUUUGUCAUAUACAGUUAGCUUUGUGAAUACAUUUUCUGUUACAGUCGUGCGUUCAUGUUCAGACCUUUGCUCACAUUUUAGCACUGAAAGAACCUGAAAAACACAAGACGAAUCAGAGGAUCGAUUGUCUCUUUAUCUGAUUUUAUUAGGGCUGCAACAAAUGAUUGUAUUCAUUAUUGAUUAUCAUUAUUUUUGUAUAAUUAAAUGAUCAUUUUGUCUACAGAGUGUCUGACGACAGUAAAAAAAAAAAAAAGCCCUUUACAGAUUACAAUUUCCCAGAUCUUUGUCGACUUAAAUAUCUAGUUUUGUUCCUUCAAAAGUUGAGAACCCAAAGAUAUUCACUUUAUAAAAAUCUAACAAAUAUUUACUUUGGGGGAAGCCAGACUCGGUGAAUUUUUGCUUCAUUUUUGCUUCAACAGUGACUUAAUCGAUUAACAAAAUUGUUGCCGAUAAAUUUUUUUGUUGAUCAGCUAAGCGAUUAAUCAGCUAAUUGUUGCAGCCCUGUAUUUUAUACAGAGACUCAGAAUGCCCACCUGUUGAUUAUUCUGAUCAGUUUAUUCCUGAUAUGAGCAGAUAUUUAUGUUGGUACUGUGGCAGUUCAUCCUUAUGAGAGCUGCGGGAAAUGAAGAACAAUGGUUGUUUAUAUGCUGGCUGUGUUUUUUCGGGAUGGGGAUUCCUGUGGGUUGAAUUGUGAUUGAGCAGCAUUAAAACAGCAUUACUUAAGGUGCAUGAAGUCAUAGAAACGCACUAUUAGAAGGGUACUCAUGAACUGAGCGUGUUAACGUUUAACUUUGUGGUCUCAUUGCGGGGUGGGAGGAAGGGUUAGUUCUCCUAGCAGCUGUUGAUGCAGGCUGAACAGGAAGUGUUGACGGGGCGUCACCGUAGAAACGCUGUGUUGAUAUGGACGAAAGCCAGAAAAACAUGAACGCAUGAACUUGGUGACUAAGUUGCACACAAUCUUGCCGGUUCAUCAUCUCGGUGAACCGAAGACAAAAGACAAUGGGGUGUAUGCAAAAUGGAUGCGAGAGGAUGAUGUUGGUGUUAAAGAAAAGAGUGACAGAAAUGGAGGAUGAAAGACAAAGAAAUGUAGACGGAGGGAUGGUUAGUGUUUGUGUGUUGGGGAUGUUACAGAGGCGGAAGGAAGAGCAGGCUCUUUAUGUAUCGCUUUUCCUACCACAGUUAUCUUCUGCUGUGCAGGAACUUUUCUUUGUUUUUUUUUUUUGUUUGUUUUUUUUAAUCAGGCACGCCUCUUGACAUCACAUCGUCCAGGAAAUGAUUCAUUUUUUUCCACCAUUUUUAUACUUAAACUCAUUUGUUGUUGUUGUUGGAUUUAAUUUUGUAGAAGGGAAACGGUAACAUAAAAAAAAAAAUAUAUAUAUAUAUUUGCACUCAUCCAUCCAGAAUGUUUUAGCGUUUUGUUAUGAUGUUGGUGUUAUCUAACAGCUGCUUUUAUAGUAUUUACUUUCUGUGUUUCGGAAGGUUGUGGGAAAAUGCCAGAUGAAUGUCAAACUCAUGUCAGUUUCAUGACUAGGAGUUAAGUUGGCUCUUUGGCAUAACUUUGUCAACGAUGAAAUCUACAUUUUUGGCGGCGGUUGAGAUGGUCCAAAGUCCUUCCAUCGUCUUCAUCUGUUCCAUCUUUUCAUUCUGCCAUUCAGGUACUAUGGUGUAUGUUUGCAACAGAUUACUCUCUGAAAGCUGUAAGCAGGACUUCUGCAGAGCAUCAAUCAUUCAUCUUCCACUCAUGGUGGGGGAAAAACAAAAAACAACAAAAAAACAGACAAGCAGAAUUGUGUGCCACUGUUCCUCAACUGAGACAUGAAAUAAUGUGAAAUCUGCGAAAAGCUGAUAUAGGUUUUGGUGUUUGCCUACUGCUCUGCCAGUAUGUGUUCUUUCUCUCUCUCUGUCCUCUGAAUGGUGACUCGCGAUGGGCUUUGAUCAAAUGAAAUCUUCGUCUGAAGUAGCUGACCAAAGAGGCCUGCUGUGCUUUGUGUUUUCAGACAGUCCACUCUAUAACUCUCUUUGUACUGCAAAUUCUGUGUGUGUGUGUGUGUGUGUGUGUGUGUGUGUGUGUGUGUGAGAGAGAGAGAGGGAGACUUGGACUCUCUCUGUGUUGCAGGUACUGACUGUUUACAUCUGUGUAAAUAUACUCUCAUUUGUUCAUUUGCGUGCAGCGGUCAAUAAACAGAAGCCUGUGCUUUUGAUUAAAGCCCUCGCUGUAAUGGC